UAUUUCAUCAUAAGGAAAUAUCAUCCAAAAUAUUGUCAUUCAGCAUGUGGUGAAAUAAGAUGGCGAACAAGGGCCGAGAUGGAGACGGCGUAGACUCCAUCAGCUCUCUGCCUGAUGAGCUCCUACAACACAUCCUCUCUUCUCUUAAAACCGCAACUGCCGUCAAGACUUCCACCUUGUCCAAACGAUGGAGGCAUGUAUGGUCUGGUACACCUUCUCUCUACCUCGUUUGGAACGGGCAUAAUUUUAAAGUUGAUUCGAUGAACAAAACCCUAGCUCGCUACACGGCUCACAAGAUGACGAGUUUUCAUCUCUAUGCCGAUAACAUUAACAGGUCCAUCGAGUCUCCUGACAUUAACAGGUCCAUAGAGUUCGCCAUGUCCAAGAAUGUGGAGAAUAUGUUGCUGGAUAUACGUUAUUAUAGGUAUAACUUACCUGAGUUCUUGUACUUCAGUUCCACUAUCAAACAACUCACACUUUCGGUACACAACUACUACUCUGAUAUGAAGGUUCCCACAAGCUCAGUGUCUUGGACAUCUCUGAAGAAACUGUCACUGUUUUGUUGCAAUUUUUCUGAGGAGUGCAUGGCUAGGAUUCUAUCUGGUAGUCCGAUUCUCGAACGCCUAAGGUUGGACUUUUGCAGUGAGCUGAAGGUUAUUGAUGUCAGCAAAUCUCUAAGUCUGAGAACAUUGGAAGCAACCAUUAGUGCUGCGGGAAUCCAAAUUGUGGCACCACAUAUCCGUUGUCUCAGAUUGAAAAGCUGCUUGUAUCAAUGUACUUUAGUUGAUGUCUCUUCUUUAACCGAAGCUAACCUAGAGAUUAGCGUAAUGUCAACUGAAAUACUGACGGAUGGUUUUCCUCAAGUUAUUAUGCAAAAGAUGGUAGAGAAGUUGCAGAACGUAGAGACACUUACCUUUGGGCCUAACCUUCUUAAGAUAUUAUCUGUUGCCGAGCUCCAUCAUCUUCCUUUUCCGAGCUUCAAGGUUAAAGAUUUGACGCUUGAGACAACGAUCUCUCAAGAUGUAAUUCCUGGCUUAGUAACGGUGCUAGAAAACUCACCUCAGCUGAAGAAGCUAACAGUGCAACCAAAGCUCGUUAAUGGCACCCUACUGGGGAAGUCUCUUGACGACUUGUUGGAUGUGCAUGGCUUGAUAUAUUCGGAUCAACGCUGGAGGUCGGAAGCGAUGGUCUUUCCAAAGAUUUUGACUUGGGAUGUUGAGCCAAAGCAUGUGGUUUCAUUCAUAAAACUUAUUCUCAAAACCACAAAAACAUUAGAGAAGAUGGUCUUAGGGUUGGGAUAUUAUCUUCAAGGAAGACAAGUUGAAGAGUUUCUUGAGAUGGUUCCAAUGCUUUGCCAAGACAACAAUGUCUCCAUCUCAAACAAGUUGAAUCAGAGGGGUUUAGUAUCAACAACAGUCUAUCAAGUCCACUCUGGACUUAUUCUAGGAUGGCGAAAACCUUGCCCCUCCUUUGUUAAAUGCAAUAUUGGUUCGUCAUGGCUAGACGCCAAUCGGAACUGUGGAGCGGCGUGGAUGGUGCGUGAUCACAUGGGACAACCUCUGGUUCAUGGACGUCGGUCAUACUCCAUGGUUGCAUCUAGUGUGGAGGCAGACCUUCUAAGCUUCCGGUGGGCUAUAGAAUGUUUGGCAACUAGUCAUUUUGAUGCAGUUGUCUUUGAAUCGCCCUCUUAUAUUGCAGGGGAGGCAAUCUUGCAUCCAGAGUCCUUUCCUCAGUACGGAGCUAUGCUCAACUCCAUACGGAGACAGCUGGAAAGCUUCAGGCUCUGGAGCAUUGCUUUCGUUCGUAAGGAAGGUAACCUCUGUGUGGAUGCAAUUGCUCUCAGUGUUACCCGUGAUCAUCGUUAUCAGUCCUACAUAGGGCGUGCUGGACCGUCGUGGCUUAACCAAUUGAUCCAAGCAGAAGCAGCUGCAGCCACUAACCCGGACUAA